AGUCUCAUCACAACAAACGCUACGAGAUAUCGGAUAGCAUUGGAUGGAAGAGAUAUUCAACUCUUUGAAUUUGGUCUCCGCAGAGCUCAAGGCAUCGAUGGUGGACUCUCAGAUAACAUUUAAAACAGCCUCAAAAUAUGCAUAUAUUGGAGGCUUUAACGGAACGAGUAAUGUAUUGGCCGGGAAGAUGUAUGGCAUACCCCUGAAGGGAACUCACGCUCACUCUUUCGUUAUGUCCUAUACAUCUAUUAAUGAGCUAAAUAUUCGAACUCUGAAAAAUAGUAAAACUGGAGAAACAGUGGAUUUUGUGGAGCGUUGUCUCAAAUAUCAAAAGGAAUUGUCAGAACUUUUAGGAGUUCUACAAUCGGAAUGCAGUUCCAGUGAAUUUGCUGCAUUUAUCGCUUAUGCCAUUUCAUUUCCGGACGCCUUUCUAGCAUUAGUUGACACUUACGAUGUGAUCAGGAGUGGAUUACUAAACUUCAGUGCCAUAGCGUUGGCUCUCAACGAACUCGGGUAUCGACCGAUUGGUAUUCGUAUAGAUAGUGGAGAUCUGGCCUAUCAGUCGUCGGUGGCCUACGAUUCGUUCUGCAAAAUCGGUGACAAGUAUUCACUCGAUUGGUUCCGAGAGCUGACAAUCGUUGCG